AUGUGGGGGCUGCUAUAUCUGCGUGGUGCGCCUUUGGCACUCGAAGUUACGGUACAUCGUGGACAUGGAGAACUCCCUCGUUGGCUUUUCAUCACUGGUCAGGAGGAAAAGGCUCGGCAGAUUCUUGCCGACACGCAUGCGAACGGGCACAUCUCUUCGCCUGAGAUCCAAGCUGAAAUUCUUGAAAUUGAAACAACACUUCGGCAAGAACAGAUGUCUCUGGCAUCCGAAGGUUAUCGUGGCUUGAUAUCUACGCCCGGAAAUCGACACAGGCUACUUAUCACCGUCACCCUUGGCAUUUUCUCGCAAUGGGUCGGAAAUGGUGUUGUCACAUACUAUCUCAGCAUGGUUCUCAACACAAUUGGAAUCACCUCAGUCAAAGAUCAGACACUCAUAUCGGGAUGCCUACAAAUAUGGAAUAUCAUCUUCUCUAUCACUGGGGCCAAUCUCGUUGAUCGACUCGGUCGUCGAGUGCUAUUUCUCCUUUCCUUUGCUUUGAUGCUCACCAGCUAUGUCAUCAUCACAGCCUGCUCUGGAUCAUUCGCAGAUUCUGGGGUGAAAGCUGUGGGCACUACCGUCAUUCCAUUUCUGUUCAUUUUUUAUGCCGGAUACGAUAUUGCAAUCACCCCACUCCAGGUUGCCUAUCCAGUUGAAAUCUGGCCAUAUCGGUACCGUUCUCGCGGGUUGAGUGUUGCUUGGAUUGCAGCGACGCUGGCACUCAUCUUCAACACAUUUGUAAAUCCGAUUGCGUUGGAUAUAAUAGGCUGGAGAUAUUAUCUUGUCUUCGUCGUUGUAUUGAUUGUGUAUGGGAUCACUGUAUUUUUCUUUUAUCCCGAGACGAAGGGACAUACGUUGGAGCAUGUGGCUGCGGUUUUUGAUGGGAACGAAGGCACAAGUCCGAAUCAAGAAACCGAUGAUGCUAGUAUUGUUGAGAUUGAUAGGUCAGCAAAAAGUGUUUGA